AUGACGGCUCCACACAAGUUAAUUAUCUGUCUAAUUUGUUUAACUCAUUUUGGUUUUACUCAGGCUUCCUACAAGUUCAAUUCUUUGCACUGUUCUGUGGCAUCUCCCGAGGUGGGAAAAAUAAAUGUAUGUGAAAUCAAGGCUAUCGAUCGAUAUCAUAACAAGCUGAGCGUGGAAAUGGAUUUGAAGAAGACCCUAACCCAGAUUGAGAUACAUUUUAAAAUGCUGAAACGUGAAAGCGGAGGGUGGCACCCCUUUUUUUACGAUAUGAAAAUGGACGUUUGCAAGUUUUUUCAGAACAAGAGAUCAUUUUUUAUUCCAAACAUAAUAUAUUCUUUCAUGAAGCCGUUCACAAACCUAAAUCACACCUGUCCAUAUUUGGCAGGAUCUGUGCUUCGACUGUGGGAGUUCACUCCGAAUGAAAAAGGAGUUUUAGGAGUAUUCCCCGUUGAUCAUGGGCAAUAUGCCCUUCACUCUGAUUGGUAUGGUAACAAAGCUCCCAUAUUGGAACUAAAUGGAUCUGUACUAUUCUAUAAGUAA